AGUGUGUGUCAAGUCAAUCUUUUAUUUUUCGUUUUUCCAAAAGUAUUGUGAUGCUUCUAUUGUCUUGCAUUCGCGUUUGUGUAAAUAUUUUAGUGAAUCUUACUAAUAUUUAGGAUUAUUUAUCGACAAAUAAUUACUUUUUGUAACAAUUAAAGUAAUUACUUAACAUACGGAUACAAUGCAAUCGAUUGCGUCUGGUGAAGCGGAGCCAAGCAAUGGCGCGGCGACAGAUGUAUCAUUGCGUUUCUACUCAUUCUUGCCAUGCACACUACCGAAAAAGACAUUUACAAGCCCCAAAACAAGUGGUUAUUGUACAGACAAUAGUGGUGUGCUUGUGAUUAACGAUAGCGAUGAUGAGGGUUCAUCGACUAUAUCUGCUGUUUCAGAGCCACAAUUUGAGUUUCUGUGCGAAAUUGAUGUUGAUAAGAACAUCGCGCUACCUCGGCCCAUAGAGCUUAAAGUAGAGUGUAAGAAGGAGCCUGAAGUAGAUUUUAUUGAAGUUCUGCAAGAGAAUGGAAAACAAAUAAAUGAAAAACAACAAUCAAUCCACAACGCAGCUACAGCAGAUUAUAGUGAUUGUGAGGAUGAGCUAUUGGCAUUGUGCAAAAUAGAACCAGUAUGUGACCUUAACGAGGUCUUGCCACACAAUGCAUCAGCAGAACAUGAAAAUCACUACAUCUACUUCACAUGUCCCCAAUGUGGCGAGCGUCACGAUUCACAUCCACACUGGCGACGGCACAUUGUGUCGGCGCAUCAGCUAGGAGAUCAAAAAAAUUGGAAUUUUAGGCGACGUCCCAACAACGAAUUCGAAUGCUUUAGCUGCCGUAAAGUAUUUACACGUUGCACACUGAAGACAUUACAGCAGCAUCACUUUACACAUUUGCCACACAAAGUGUACCAUUGCAAGUUGUGUCCAUUCGAAGAGCACAGCAUGUUUUUAAUGAUAUCGCAUAUUAUGCUGCAUAAGGAAAAAGAUGCCAGUAACAGUGGAAAUGCUAAAAGUAGUAAUGGUGCACCCACAGCACGCGAAAUUGCCCUAUGGGAACAUGAGAGUCGCGCCUUGAUUGCAUACAUUUGUCCAGCUUGUGGCUUAACGUUUGAUGCAGAGGAUGCCUGGCAGGCGCAUAUAAACUUCAGCCACAAUUUCUUGGAGAAGACGGCCGAAAAUCGCUUCGGCGAUCAUUUCAAAUGUUCCGAAUGUGCCGUAGAAAUCUUCUCUCAGCAUAUUUCCGAUCUUCAGCAGCAUCUGUUUACACAUUUACCUUACAAAUCGUAUUUGAAAUGCAAAAUAUGCAGCUUUACAAUUUCGCGCCAAAAUUUUAUGCUUUCCCACAUACUCAACCUACAUAAAGUGCAUCUAAGUGCAGGAGCCGCAACAAAGAAUAGCGAUAAUGUAAUUACAGCAGACACUUCAACAACAAGCGGCAUAUCCCCUGCACCAGUAACAACUACAACUAAAUCACCGAGAGAAGAAAGAGUAUACAAUAGUCGUUUAUCAUCUGGUAGUUUAAUGGACACAAGUAUGAAUGCUAGUACAUUGAACGCAUUGCGACCAACUUCGAGAACCUUCAAUGAAACAAAUAAUGUAAAUAGUCGUAGAGUUUCCACGCCAAACACACAAUUCAAUAACACAUAUGUUCGAGAUCAACUAAUGAUGUCAACAAAAAAAGGCUCUUUUACUUGUAGAAAGUGUACUAAACAUUAUAUGUAUAGAAAAAGCUUCAGUAAGCAUAUACGCUACUGCGAUCCAAGCAACACAACAAUUUAAGUGAUACAUACUUGACAACGCUAAGCGAACACAUGCACCCGCGUACAUAUGUUUGAAAUGUUUACACUGGACAUAAACUCGCGCAGUAAGGAGUAAUAAUAACAAUUUUAUCUACAUUCCAUAUUUGUUAUUGUAUUGGGUGAAUGAAAUUAUUGUUGUGCACACACAAAAAUCCAUUUGUUUUUACACUUAGCACUAUUUUGCUUGACAAGACUAACAGCCGCUUUCACCAGCGGUUUAAAUGGAAAUAUACUUUUUAUUUUCUAUCGAUUUCCAUAAAAAAUUAAAAAAAUUAAAAUCAUUUUUCACUUAAAUUGCUUUUCUGAAAUUGGCUGUUAGAAUUGUUAGAGCUUCGGUUGAGUUGACCCAAUAAUAUAUUUUUUAACAUUUUAAGUUACAUUCUGCUAUUAUUUUGUUUAAAUAAAUUAAGCGGGUCGAGUUUCUAAUUACUUACUUAUCACUUGCUAUUUUAAGAUUUUACAUAAUUUUUUCAUCAGUGAAAAAACCAUUUACCAUUUUUGUUUAUCUAACAAUCGUAAGCCUAACUCUUUACCUAAACUGAGUUAAGUACAAAGUGAAAUUUUUUUUAAAUUAUAAAACAAAAAUGAAAUAAAACACACACAAUUGAAUUUAUAAGUAA